UCAUGAAAUCUUCAUUCUUCGGAUAAACGUCCUAGGGUUAACAACUCCUUGCAGUCAGUGCGCGUGACAUUGAAGUGAAAGCCGGCGUUUUUUUCCUAACUAAUUUCAUAUGUUAUCAAAGUUAUCUCGUUUAUUAUAAACUUUGAACAUAUAAAAUCUUAAAAGAACUAUAAAGUGUGAUCGAAUAUACGUAGUGACUAGUAUCGAUUGCAGAGCUACCUAUUCUCGGGAUUUCUCAUCGCGCCGCUCUCGGUACUUCUCCAAAAACGUUAAAGCACAAGAGGAACCGUUACCGUCGCCGAGAUGGCGUUUAUGAUGCCAGUAGUGAAGAACGAUUGGGAUAUUUAUCACACACAGCGCUCUCGCCGCACCUCGGAAUCAGCGGAGAAGGUGGUUGCCGGCGUGGGGGGCCGCGUGCGAAAGGUGUCGGAGUCACGGUCGGAGGGGCCGGCACUGUCGCCGCGUAUAGGCUCUGCGCUCAGCCCGCACCGCAGCGCACCCGCCAUGCGCUCCCUGUCCUACUGCCGCGCGCCGCACUCGCGGGUCUCCUUGCGAGCGCAAGACAGCCCCAAGGGCUCGGCUAGCCCGCCCAGCGCUUCGCGCGAUACGGAAAAGUUCCACAGCAGGUUGGUGGAGAAACUAAGAAGGGCUCUCGGUCGCUCUGAGUCCCGGCGCGAGGAACGCCGCUCAUGAGCUAACGAGGCGUGCUUGUGUGCAGGGCGCGCGCGGAGUCCCCCGAGCGCUCGCGCUCGCGCUGCGCCGCCUGCGUGCCCUACCUGUGACCACGCUGUGGUCAUGGCGCGCCCGCCGCAACACAAGCGCCGACACACUAUCUGUGAUACGUACGGGAUAGUGCCGAUGCAGAGUUGAGUAGAACCUAUGAAUGUGCUAACUUUAACCGCCUAAUGUUUCAGAAAUCCAGUCUAAUCGAUCAUAUUUGUGUUUAAAGACCGCCCAAUGCAAUAGUUUGUAGCCGUCAUAUUCAGGUCCGCUUCCCCUAACUGUUGCAUGAAUGUUUAUUCUGUAAUGCCGUAUUGUAAUAGCACUCAUCAGUAUUCGAUGGUAUUAUCUGGUCGUUGGAGGCAGUAAUUGUAUGUUUCAAGACUGUAUUUAGUUUAAGGGCAUGCACCGGGUGUUUUCCAUCUAAACAUGACAUUGUAUACUAUAACCCGGUUGUUACUUCGUAUAUGUUGUAUUUUAGUAGUUGAGUUUGGCAGUUCGCGAUUGAUAUCUGUGAUUUGUUAUUAAUAAGCAAUAGUGUUAUUUAUUUGGAGGCGAAUAUAGAAUAGUUCAAAGUACGCGAGAAGUUAAAAUAAUUGUCAUUGACUUAUAUUUAGUUCCGACUGUUUCAUUUCUUUCUUAAAUCUACAAUUUGUCGAGUUAAAUAAAAAAGUAUUAAAUUAUUAUAAUCAAAUAUAAAAUAGUCUCUAAAAUUUUGUUUAGCGGUAUUGAAUUUAUUAAAAUUGUCAGCACAUUAAAUAAAUUUCUACAAGUUCUUAAUACCAAUGUACUAUAUAUAAAUAAAUUUUACUGUUUGUAUUAAUAAGAUAAACGUGUCGUAGUCAUCGCGAAUGAGCAAGUGAUAAAUUAUCCUAAAUUAUCGACUAGUGAUGUAAAUCUUUAGUCUAUUUAAGCUAAUAAAGUACUUUUUGUUAUUAUUUUGCAUGAUUUUAUGUGAUGUUAAAAUGACUGUGUAAAUGGACCAGCUUUAUUAAAUUGUAUUAGCGAUAGAAAACAGUUAAACUGGAGACUGUCGUAUUAAAAAUAAUGCAGGUGUAACUGUAUUGUAAAUGUGAAACAUAUUUGAAUGGAAUUGAAAGAAGUGACAACUACUUAAUGAUUAGCAUUUUCAUACUUUUAGAAAAAGAAAUCCGCUGCGAAAAUAUAUUUUUAAAAUAGUUUGCCUCUGAUUUAAAUGAUAAAAGUAUGCUUUUUGCGGGGAUUAGCGAGGAAUAAGUUUAAAUUUAUGAACUGCCAUUUUGUCUUAAUGUAUCGUUUUCACAAUAAUAUGAACUGUCCUAAUUUAAUAAAGCACUUUUAGAACAGUGAAUACAUAUAUGUUUACGUCCGAUUUUUAAUUGCAUGAUAUAAACUGCGUUGUCUGAUCUGAAAUUUUUUCUAAAUAUAAAGCUUAUUCAGUAUU